GAAGGCUGCGCGAGCUCUCAGUCAGCACACUCUCUACCGAACUUGACUCAAUGUUCAAACUCGAGGUUUUAUCAGCUGUGUGGAAUACAUUCAAGACAGAGGGCGGGUAAUAUUCAAGCACUUUCGAUUCAGGCUGUUUCUAAUAGGACGGAAGGCUUCUCGGCUUACUUGUAUACGUUAGUCCUAAUAAGUAAACAGCAGCGGUGUUCUCGUAACGACAGAACAGCGGACCACUCAUCAGUAAGCAUACUUUUUUUUUGCCGCGGUGGGUUUUUGUGUUGUAGUCAGCGCUUAGUAUCGCGUGGAAUCCAGAUCACACAUGAUCCGGUAAGAGCUCGCGACGCGCUCGAUUCUACACGCUGACGAGACGUUGUCGCGAAUUCCAUCCGGUCUGUAAAACAAACUGAAGUGCCGGCUCGUUUAUGUUAACUGUUACUCUGUCGAGGGGGCGAACCGGUCUCGGCUGCUCUCCCUUUGUUCGGGCCCAAGACUCGGCUGAAUCCACCGGAGUUCCGUUUCAAACGUCUCAUUCGAGCGCGAACGCUAUAUUAGGAUGGCUCCACAGAAGCACGGAUCUGGUGGAAAUGGUUUUUACGGCAACAACACGAGCAAAGCGGCUAAUGGAGGAGCGCACGUAUCGUCCGGUGUUGUGAUGACUUCAGCCAAGCGACCCAAGAUGGAGCAGGUCCAAGCCGACCACGAACUCUUCCUGCAAGCCUUCGAGAAGCCAACUCAAAUAUACCGAUUUCUUCGCACGAGGAAUCUCAUAGCACCAAUCUUCCUGCACAGAUCUCUUACAUAUAUGGCACACAGAAAUUCAAGAACAAAUUCAAAAAGAAAAUACUUCAGUGUGAACGACCUGCUAUUCAAAGUAGAGAAGUCGAAAGUGGAUCAGGAAUCUCACAACAUGGCGUCAAACCUGCAGCUAACUUUUACUGGAUUCUUUCAUAAAACUGAGAAGCCAUUGCAGAACUCAGAGAAUGAAGAAAACUCAGUUUCUGUGGAAGUGCUGCUUGUCAAGGUCUGCCACAAGAAGAGAAAGGAUGUAAGUUGUCCAGUAAAGCAAGUGCCUACAGGUAAAAAGCAGGUGCCUCUGAACCCAGACAGCAGCCAGACCAAGCUGGGAGCUUUCCCCACACUGAUGGUGUCCAGCCAUGAGUUUGAACCCAGUAACAGCCACAUGGUGAAGUCCUACUCCCUUCUGUUCAGAGUGUCCCGUCCAGGGGGGAGAGAGCUCAACGGCAUGACCACCAGAGAUACCAAUGUUAUGGAAGAGCUGCCUAACAGGAAGAAGAGAUACUGCUCUAAUCAGGAUGACGGAGAAACUACAUUUGUGGCGCAAAUGACAGUUUUUGAUAAAAAUAGACGCCUCCAACUUUUGGAUGGCGAGUAUGAAGUCUCCAUGCAGGAGAUGGAGGAGAGUCCUGUAGGCAAGAAAAGGGCAACGUGGGAAACCAUACUAGAUGGGAAGUGGCUACCACCCUUUGAGACCUUUUCUCAGGGACCCACGCUGCAGUUCACUUUGCGAUGGACUAACGACACGACUGACAGAGGAACAGCCCCAGUGGCCAAACCUCUUGCCACACGCAAUUCUGAAUCUAGCACAGUAGACGGCAGCAAGCCUAGCAAUGUAAAGCCUCCACAGGCAGUAGCUGUUAAUGAUUCAGUUGGUGCUGAUCUACCAGUCAGAAGAGAGCAAACUCAUGUUGAACCUCGUCAGAAACUACGUGUUUAUUAUCAGUUCCUAUACAACAAUAACACACGGCAGCAGACGGAGGCCAGAGAUGACCUGCACUGUCCCUGGUGCACGUUGAACUGCCGUAAGCUCUACAGCCUCCUCAAGCACCUCAAGCUCUCGCACAGCCGCUUCAUCUUCAUCUAUGUGCCUCAUCCUAAAGGAGCCAGGAUAGAUGUGUCGAUUAAUGAAUGCUAUGACGGCUCUUACGUUGGCAACCCUCAGGACAUCCACUGCCAGCCUGGCUUUGCCUUCAGCCGUAACGGCCCAGUGAAGAGGACUCCAGUUACACACUUCCUUGUCUGCAGGCCCAAGCGCUCAAAGCCCAGCCUCUCAGAGUUCCUGGAGUUAGAGGAUGGAGAACAGGAGCAGCAGCGGACGUACAUCAGCGGCCACAACCGCCUGUACUUCCACAGCGACAGCUGCGUGCCGCUUAGACCACAGGAAAUGGAUGUGGACAGUGAGGACGAGAGGGAUCCGGCAUGGCUCAGGGAGAAAACCGUUAUGCAAAUCGAUGAAUUCAUGGAUGUCAAUGAGGGAGAGAAAGAGGUCAUGAAACUGUGGAACCUGUAUGUAAUGAAACAUGGAUUCAUAGCUGACGACCAAAUGAAUCAGGCCUGCAUGUUGUUUGUGGAACAGCAUGGCACCACCAUCAUUGAGAAGAAUCUGUGCCGGAACGUUCUGCUCCAUCUGGUCAGCAUGCACGACUUUGGCUUAGUAAAUACAGUGAACAUAGAUAAGGCCAUGGCUCACCUGAGAGAUCUGAAACAGCAAAAAGAUGGCCAGGAGCAAUCCAAAACGCAAGGCAAUGCGGACGGUGGAUCCAGCGGCGAUGGUGAAGCCAGUGUAUCAAAGUUCGUCAAGACCCAGAAUCACUGAAACACCUCCUCACACUCUGCGUUGAAUUGAGUGUCAGCAGGCAUCAGGAGCCCUCUGGAUCUAUGAGCCACCAUAUUCUGCUCGCUCACAGGGUAAAAGUUGAUGUCGAGUUAGAAGCGAGUUAUGUGCUUCGACGGCCACAUACUCUGCAGAUCAUGAUUUUGGCCUGAUGUCAUCUGAGUUGAGAGCAACUCUUUACUAGAUUCAAAUUACUUGAAGAUGCCAUUAGUCUUUAUGAUGGACUGUACAAGCAGGUCAGAUUUUUCUUCACCCAUUUAACCCUGUAGCUCUAGCAAAUUUUUAGCACUUGUUUUAGGUGCCUGUUAUUAAAAGGACUAUGAGAAGAUUUUUUUAAUAUAUUUUGAAUAUUGAUGGAUGGAAAUGGCUCCUACAGACUUGCUUUUACUGCAUAUUUUUCACAGGGGUUGAUAGACUCAAUCUGAAAACGUUAACAUUUUAGGUUUGCUUGUCUAUGGUGUUUUUUUUUUUUUCUGUGUGUGUGUGUGGAGUUUUUCCGCUUUUUAGUUAGUGCCACCCCAAUUUUUUUUCUGGAACAAAGUUUUGUUGGUCUGUUCUUGGUGGCUUAGUAUCCACUUUAAUGUUGCACCACACUUGAAGACUUCAAAUGACUUUUUUCUUUGGAAUCUUGAAGAAUGAGCAUCAUUGCUGCAGGCCAUCUGCGUUUACACUGCAGUGUUCAAGUUUUUUAGAGCCUUAAUUCCACUGACCUUGCAACACAAACAUACAGGAACAGGGUGCUACAACACAGUGGGGUGAGGGAUGCCUUGCAGAAAUGUUUACACUUGCCUUAUCCAUGGAAACAUGGACUCUUAUGCAGGGUUUAAACUUUUGAUCUAAAUCAGUGCAAACAGGUUUCAUUUAUUCUUGUUUGAAUAAUUUCAAUGAUGCUUUACUGCACACAAUACUGCGUCCAGUUCAACAUUUUAUCAGUACCAUUUUAUCACGGUGCAUCUGCUAGGCUGUGUCCAUCGAUAUACUUUUUCCAGUUGUCCUUCAUGGUGCCCAAUUGUUAAAUUUUUCUGGUGUUGAGGAAACCUGUUGUAACAUGUACAUAAAUUUAGUGACAUGAUGGCUUUGCUGAUGGUGACUGCAUUCCGGAAGGAAUAUUAUUUUAGACCAAAGUGAAAUGACUAUAAUGUUUGUCUAGUUGGCUUCAAAUCAGUAAUGUAAGUUUUCAUAGUUUUUUUUUUCUGUAUGCAUCUGUUUUAAAAGAAAAGGAUCUCUUUGUGAAUCAUUACUGCUUUAUUUUGCUAAAACUGUGCACUGGGUUAAAAAAAAUGUUUUUGAUCAAUUACUUAACUGCCUGAAACCAUUGCAUAAUUGCAAUUUGCAUAACCCUCUUAAUACAGCAAUGAUUAGACAAGAUGUGGAUUACUGAUAUAAAGAAAUGUCAAAAAAAAAAAAAAGAUAUUUAUAUCUUGAAUAGAAACAUUAUGAAACCUG